AAUACUUUGCGAGACCCCCAAGCGCCGGUCGUUCCGUCGACUGGAAACGAUCGGAACCCCUUCGACCUCCUAGGGACGUUUUAAUGCACGUGUGCGCGUUUGGCCGGGACGGUCCGUGGGGACCACCAGUCCGCUUGCAGGCGUUGUAGGAUGUGGGCUGCGAUGGAUACGAUGUAGACAUUGUUGGAGGCUGGUAUGUCGCAUGCAUAGGCUUGACGCGAAUACACACACGCGAUAUCCAGGCGUGCUGCCUUAUGACUGGCGAGCCAGGUGUCCAUCGUAGAAUGCUGUCUCCCGUGCAGGCCACCAAGAGACUUCGAAGAGCCUGCACUGGAUCCCUUGCGCAUCCAGCGACCGUUCGCCGCCUCGGGUGGACGGCGCAGAACAACGACGUGUUUCUAUCGUGACUUGCCAUGACUAAAACCAUGGUGGAACGAGGUUGGACGGCAGCUUUGCUGUCGCGACUUCGAUACGCACCGGCGACAAACGAAUCCAGCUGCCGGCAUGUCGCCGCUAUGUCCCGCGACAAAGGUAGGAGUCGUCGCGGGCAGGAUUUCGAGUAGUUCACUUUUGUACUUGCAUCGCUCACUUGCUCCAACCAUGAAGUCUACUUUUGCACUGACUGUCGUCGCCGAGGCCGUCUUGGCUACGCUCGACGAAACGUCUGUGUUGCUCCCAAGCGUCGUGGGGCUCCCACCGUUCUGCACGUUCACUUCGUACCCCCGAGGCGUUGGCACAGUGCCCAAGUCAUGCGCGCCAGGCCAAGAACGCAUUGGAGUGUUCUGCUACGACGAUUGCCCGGAUGGCAUGUCUCGUAACCACCUCGACUGCCAUUCGAAUUGCCCCCAACGCGAGGGCCAAGUCUUCGAGGACCAUGGCCUCUUUUGCCGCUUGAGCGAAUACUCCCGAGGAGCUGGCUACCCUUGGAGGGCGAACGACGGUCUCAGUUUCAACGGUGCGAUGGAGCGUUGUGAAGCGAAACACGGCAAGGACAAGUGCGAGAAGUAUGGUCUUAUGGUGUACCCCAAGUGCGCGGACCGGUACAGCGCCUUUGGCUGCUGCCUUUGCCGCCCCAAUCCACCAGACUGCGAGGAGCUUGGACUGGGUAAAAACUUCGACCUGUCCUGUGCAAAGAAGAUCGUCAUCGGGAAGCCCGAGUUGGGCGUGUGUGCGUCGGACGAAGAGCUUGACACGGGGCUAUGCUACGAGAAGUGCAAGGAAGGCUUCUAUGGCGUCGGACCGGUCUGCUGGACUAGUAUCCCGUCUGGUUGGGCCAGUUGUGUCACAUUCGCUGCCAAGUCCUCGUCGGACUGCGCCGAAUGGACCGACAUCCCGGGGGGGUACCCAACGUGCGAUCAAGUUACCGCCCUAAUGUUGCGCACCCUCGAAAAUUAGCAAUCACGUCGUAUAUCCAUCCCACCCGAGCUUGAUUGGACCUACUUGGUUGGGAUGGUUAAGCAGGAUGGUUUCACGGGAUGUGCAAUAAUCGAUGUAAGCGUUGGGCCGUUUAGCGGCGUGCGGAAGC